AUUAUUCAGUUUGUUAUUAAAUUAUUUGUGAAAAUGUUGCGGCGGAUUUAUCCGCUGGCGGUAUUGCUGGUGUUCGCUGAUGUUGUUAUGAAAGCAUCAUGCACUGAGAAAGGGAGUUUGGCCUUUGUAAUAGAUGAUAAUACGUCGAUGAGGAAAGAUGUAGAUCAAAUUAAAAACAACUUGAACGAGAUCAAGGACAUUGUGUUCAAUGGCAAGUCCAGCGUGAUCAGCAACAUCGUGCUCGUCACAUUCAACAGCUCAGUUGCACAUGUAAAACCGGUGGCUGGAAAUCGAGACGAUUUUGAGAAAGCAUUGAAAGAAGUUUAUCCAAGCAGUACAUUAUCUUCCGUUGACUGUCAAGAACUUACCAUACAUGCAUUGACCACAGCGUUGAAAGAAAGUAAUCCGGGUUCCUAUAUUUUUGUAUUCACCGAUACUUUUGCCAAAGACUUUGAAGAUGCUGACAUUGUCAAAGACCUGUGUCAGGAAAAGCAAUCUCAGAUUUCUUUUGUGUCUACUGAAAAACCUUGCAAGUUGGGUGACGACUGGGUAGAUAAACUCAAGGAUGUGUAUAGCGAAAUUGCCCACGCUUGUUCGGGUUUGGCUUAUGAAAUAAACAAAGAUGCAGUUUCAGAGUUCGACGUGGACGACCAAAUCGAGUACGUUUUAGUAUCCGUGUCAGGAAAGACAGUGACUAUAGACAUAUCUGGACACACUGGCAGACAGGAAAACUUAAUGUGGAAUGAUAAUGCUAAAGUGGUGAAAUUGAUGAAUGUAAAGUAUGGCAAGCACACCGCUACCGUGAAAGGGAAAUCGGAGCUAUCUGUCAACGUUAUAGGCCGGACUGAUUUCGUAAUCAAACAUGGUUUUUCAAAGCUGAAGCCAGACUCUAUUAACGACACGUCACUCCAACCACAAUUUGAUACCGAUGUCCAUUUCUUGUCAAUAUUAGUUACUGAUGAACGCCAAACAGUAGAAAUAAGAACAGCCCAGAUAUUAGGUAUGGACGGAACGCCAUUGAAACCAGAUAUUCCUUUGACAAAAAUCUCUAAAGAUUUUUACAUUACCCAGCCUUUAGUUACACCAACACAAAGGUUCAAAGUAGCGAUUCCCGCUUUAACACUUCAUGGUAGGCCUACUGGUGUACCCGAGCGUAUGGCGCGUAGCGUUUCGCGUGCGCCUCAAAGAGCCAAUAGACAACCACAGACGGAGCCCUAUAAGGCUGAUAUUCAGCCGGGGUUCGGGGUAAACGGAAAAGUGAAAGCAACGGGUCACGUCGUGAAGCGUUUUGCGAAGAUUCCUAUUACAACUUCCAAGCCGCCAAAAUUACCAGACGAUAAAUUUCUUAAAGUGGUGAUUGCUGAGGGCAACGAAACAUCUGUAGAAUACAACAGUUCCUUGACUUUGACUUGUAAAGUGUCCGCUUCUCCUGAGCCUAAAAUAUUUUGGCACAACAAUAAGGGACGGGAAAUGUUUUCUAAAGUAGCUGAUGAUGAUGAUGAUGGUGAUGAUGAUGAUGAUGAUGAUGAUGAUGAUGAUGAUGAUGAUGAAAAUACUGUGUUAACUAUGUUUCAGACUAAGACGAAUGGAUCGUCGUCAGAGUACAUAAGCUACCUAAACAUACACGUCACAGCAAACGAUGGCUACAUUUGCCAUGCAAUAAAUACAGCCGGAACAAAUAAGGCAACAAUUAAAGUCAAAGUAAAGGAUGCGUUUAUUGUAGCUGAUACUUUUCUAAAUGUGAAAGUGGAUUAUGGGAAACCUGGUGUCCUAAAAUGUGAUAUUAAGUCGAGAUUUCCUAUGAAAACCAAUUGGUACCUUGUUAAUGAAAUUUCUGGAGAAAAAGACAGAAUAAUUGAUUCUGACGACUACUCAUUAACAGCAGACAAAACGGAAUUAACAAUAAAGAAAAUGGAUUUUAAUUUAGUUGGAAAAUACAUCUGCCAUGCUUAUCUAAUUAACGAUAGAGCUAUAAAAACUGCUAUAAGUCGGCGUGUUAAAAUAAGUGGUUUGGUUCUACCUAAAGUUCAGAUAGAGCCAAUCGUGAAAGCGGUUAGGGGUGUAACUGCUGUCUUAGAAUGCAACGUGACUGGUGUACCAGUUCCUACCAUUAAAUGGCAUUUUGGGGGCAAAUCUGGUUCAAAAUUCGUACUACUGAAUGAGACUGGAAGCGUGCUACGUAUCAAUAAUGCAGAAGCCAAACACGAGGGGCAAUACAAGUGCGUGGCAGAAAACGCACAAGCAUAUAAGGAUGAGAAAAUAACAACUUUAAUCGUUCAAGACAUACCAAGAAUAUUAUCUCGUAGAUCUAUUAUACGUCAAGCUGUUGAGGGGGACGAUAUUUUGAAGAUACCAUGCGUCGCUGUUGGGGACCCUAGACCAACCAUCACCUGGAAAAUGGACGGUCGACCCAUCGAAGUGCCAAAUAACAAAUACACGGUAGAAGAUGGAGCACUUAUUAUAAAAUAUCCAAAAAUAGCAGAUACUAAGUCGUAUGUGUGUGUAGCUAAGAACAUAGCUGGGUCAGAGACCGCAACUUUCAGAGCAGUUGUUCGACGUAAUUCACAAUUGCCAGGAGUUUCUCCCCAGACAGUUGAUAUGGAAAUGUCCUUUGACAAAAAGUGCAGUGCGACAUCAAGAGUGGAGACGUCGUGGUUUGCAAAUAUUCGCAACAAUCGCCCGAAUGAUGUGUGUAAUGCAUACUGUGAAGAGAAAAAACGAGCACCGCUAAAAGUUUGCAAAGAAAAGAAAGCUAAAAAUGUAUAAUAAAAU